GUAUAUAUAUAGCAGGCGGGAAGAAUCAAAAAGAAAAGAACCACACACCAAGUGUCUAAUAUUCGAAGCAUCCAAUAUGAAAUCUUUGCUCGACAUAUAAAUUGAUGGCUACUGCUGCGAAAACCAAUUGACAACUGAAAGCAAAACUUCGAUGAUCCGUUGCCAAUCAAUUUCCAGCUUCACCCGUAGACUCCAUACUCAUCUUCCCCUCUGCCGCCGUCGCUCUUUUCACUCUUCUGCGACCCUCCUGAAAUGGGCUUCCGGGGUAGAACCCUCCAACUUGACAACGCCCGAACUCACCAAUCGGGUUUGCCGCCUUUUAGUUCUCGAACGCCAUACAGACCUCAAGAACCUUUCUUUCCAAUUCUCCCACGAACUCGUCGACGCUGUCCUCCAAAAACUGAAACUCAACCCCUCCGCCUGUCUUCACUUCUUCAGAUUAGCUUCAAACCAGCCAAAUUACAGACCCCAUUUCAAGGCUUACUGUAAAAUCGUUCACAUUUUGUCCAAGGCCCGACUUUUUGACGAGACGAGGUCGUACUUGGAUGAAUUAAUCGAACUCUCUAGAAAUAUAAGCUCGGUUUCAUUUGUUUAUGAUGAAUUAGUUCGGAUUUAUGGAGAAUUUAAGUUCUCUCCGACGGUGUUUGAUAUGAUUUUGAAAAUUUAUGCUAAAAAAGGAUUGAUUCAGAACGCACUGUAUGUGUUUGAUAAUAUGCCUAAGUGUGGGCGGUUACCGAGCUUACGUUCCUGCAAUAGUUUGUUGAGUGGUUUGGUGAAAAAUCAUGACUUUCAAACUGUUUUUUGUGUAUAUGAGCAGAUAGUUAGAAUGGGGAUUGUCCCGGAUGUAUAUACGUGCAGUAUAAUGGUAAAUGCUUAUUGUAAGGAUGGCAGGGUUUGCAAAGCGGUCGAGUUUUUGGAGGAAAUGGAGAAAAAGAUUGGGUUGGAGUUGAAUUCAGUGAUUUAUCACAGUUUAAUAAAUGCGUUUGUGGAGGAGGGGGAUUUGGAGAAGGCGGAAGGAGUGUUGCGGUUGAUGAGUGAACGGGGGAUUGUGAAAAAUGUGGUGACAUAUACAUUGUUGAUUAAGGGUUAUUGCAAGCAAGGGAAGGUGGAGGAAGCAGAGAAUGUGUUUCGAGUGAUGAAGACGGAGGAGGGUGACAAAAUGGCUGUAGAUGAACAGGCAUAUGGGGUGUUGAUUGAUGGCUUUUGUCAAGUAGGGAAACUGGAUGAUGCUAUUAGGAUAAAGGAGGAAAUGUUGAGUUUCGGAUUGAAGAUGAACAUGUUUACUUGUAAUUCAUUGAUAAAUGGAUAUUGUAAACUUGGUCAAGUUAGUGAAGCUCAUGGAAUAGUCAGGAGCAUGAGUGACUGGAAAUUAAGACCUGAUUCUUAUACUUACACAACCCUAAUGAAUGGCUACUGGCAGGCAGGUCAAACACAGCAGGCAUUAAUUCUCUGUGACACAAUGAUUCGAGAUGGUGUAGAACCUACAGUUGUUACGUAUAGUGUUCUUUUGAAAGGUUUGUGCCAAAGUGGUGCUAUUGAUGAUGCUUUGCGUCUUUGGGCUUUGAUGCUUAAAAGGGGUGUUACUCCUGAUGAAGUUUGCUAUGGUGCUCUCUUGCAUGGCCUCUUUAACAAGGGAAUUUCUGAGAAGGCUUUGAUGCUGUGGAAGCAUGUUUUAGCGCAAGGCUUUGCCAAAAGUAGGAUUCUUGUAAAUACAAUGAUCAAUGGAUUGUGUAAAAUGGGGAAAAUAAUUGAAGCGGAGCAGGUGUUUGACAGGAUGAAAGAACUGGGAUUUUCACCUGAUGAAGUAACUUAUAGGACUCUCAGUGAUGGUUAUGCUAAAACUGGAGAUAUUGAAAAAGUUUUUGAAAUUUUGUAUGUCAUGGAAAGGGAAAGAAUUGCGGCUUCCACUGAAAUGUUUAACUCAAUUAUCAGUGGACUCUUUGGGGCAGGGAAAUUUAGCCAAGUGCCAGAUGUUCUCACUGAGAUGCAGAACAGAGGAUUAAAAGCAAACAUCAUCACAUAUGGAGCCCUCAUCGCAGGUUGGUUCAGAGAAGGAAUGCUGAAGAAAGCUCUAGAUGCUUAUUUCGAGAUGAGAGCUAAGGGUAUAGUUCCAAACACCAUAAUUUGUACCACAAUUAUCAGUGGAUUGUACAGGCUUGGUAUGAGAGGUGAAGCAAGCAAGGUAUUGCUGAAAGUAAUGGAUUUACAUAGUGCCCCAAGUCUUAAAUAUUUUUCUGACCAGCUCAUGGUAAACUCUGACGAUGGAUCACAAGAUUUAGAGAGAAUUACAACGUCAAUUGACAAAAGCACCAAAAGUUCCAUUAUUCCCAAUAACUAUUUGUAUAAUGUAGCUAUUGCAGGUUUAUGUAAAUACGGCAGGGUUGAUAAUGCUGUGGAGGUAAUUAAUGAUAUGUCUGUGAGAGGUUUUAUUCCAGAUGAGUUCACAUACACAUCCCUGAUUCAUGGUGUGUCAUUGUCUGGUGAUGUCGAUAGAGCAUUUCAGUUACGGGAUGAGAUGCUGAAAAAGGGUCUCAUCCCGACUAUUGCUACAUAUAAUGCUCUUAUAAAUGGCCUAUGUAAAUCUGGAAACCUUGAUCGAGCAACAAAACUUUACAGCAAGCUUUGCUUGAAAGGUCCAGCCCCAAAUCUCAUUUCCUAUAAUACUUUGAUUGAUGGAUACUGCAAAAGUGGUAAUACUUCUGAAGCUUUGAAACUCAAAGAGACAAUGAUAGAAGAAGGGAUUUCUCCUUCAGCCAUUACCUACUCAACUUUGAUCUAUGGUCUACAAGCACAAGGUGAUUCAGAAGAAUCUGAGAAGCUCUUGGAUCAAAUGUUGGAGGCAGGUCUGGAUCCAAGGUUUUCAAAAUAUGGCAGAUUGGUCCAAGCAAAAGUUGCGUCAAGGGGUUAAGUUUUGGAUGAUGAAGCUAUCUAGCAUCUAUGGCAGCGUGCUCAUUUUCUGAAAUAAAGUAAGGGGAUUGCUAUUGCUGUUGCUGUGGUCAUCUGAUCAAGAAGUUCAGUCAUACAGUUCACUCCUGUAGGCUAUUUGAGCUCACUAUUCUUUUGUGGAGUGCUGAGGUUCAGUUUUGACUUCAAAGCAUGUAUUUGAAGUAAGAUAGUUAUAAGGGGGGAAAAAAGGAAGAUGGAAUGAAAGCUUCCAUACAUGGCUAUGUGCCCCAUUCAAAGGCAUUAUACACUAAGUUAGGCCUCCUCAGGUUACAUGCUUAGCAGAUAGCCCGUCUCCAUCAGUGACGUGUGUUUGAUGAUCUCAGAAAAAGCGCCUUUCUUGGAUGAGAUGAUCAUUCUGCAAGAGCUUGAGAAAGGGUUCGAUUUGAGAUAGAUAUUGAGUGUGUUUGGAUUAAGUGUUUCUACUGUGAUUGUUCUGGGGAUCCUUGCACGUUUGGAUGAGAGAAAUCGAUCUGCCCUGCCAUAAAUUGCAGAUGAAACUUCCCAUGGUCCUAAACUACUUACUAGUCUUAGUUUGGUUAACUGCCCACGCCAUGAAGCAGCAGCAUUAUCACCAAGUGCUUCAGGAAGGUAAAAAUUACGGGUUACAAACAGGUUGAAGUCUGGUUUUACCGUGUGUGGAUUUGUCCAAGAUAUUUUACUGUGGGGGUAUCCACCCAAUUUUCAUCGUUUACAUUGGAAGUGUUUAGUUUAGGUUACUCGUACUUUGUCAAAGAAAAAUAUUUUAUAAGCUAGUUUCAUUGCGCAUUUGACAAACUGAAAAGUGUUCUAUUGCCUAUUCGAUCUCAGGACCCUACUGAGCUUGCAUUAGACUGAACUUGGCUCUAUUAAGUUUGAUUUGAUUGAUUCUUAUCCUCUUUCUUAUACUACUAAUCUCUUAUUUGUUUGUAUUUACUUGCUCCGUUCUAUGACUUGGCUAAUGCUUCUCUAAAAACUCAGUGCAAUCAAAUUGGCCGAUCUUCCAGACAAAAGAAAAGGACGUAUUCCAUAGUCGGGCUUCCUCCAUCUGUUGGCUAAUUCUACCCAAAAUCAUUAUUACACACAAAUCAGCUUUUUGGUUGACCGUGUUCUCACGUAUCAUAGCUUAGGCUUCUCGAAGCCAAGUUUCUUUCUAUAUCUUAGAUGGUCUAUUAUCCAGACGUGUUGGUUGACUUUCACUUUUCCUUGAAAUGUUCAGGGCCUCGCUGCGCUGAGAUUUCCAAGCAAACGAGUGCCGAACUCUCAAAAACUUCCCGUCAUGGAGUCGGAAGCAUGCAUGAAUCAGCUCCAAACAAAACCCGGAACAAGAAUAGUUGUUUUUCGGGUGUUUUCAAAAAUUUCUGAAAUGUUUUUUCAAAGAAUCCCUCCAAACAGCAUUGUGCAAUUUCAUCUGUUUCAAGGCAUUCAUAUCCCUUCGUUUCUACUUUCUAGGCAUACAUUAUCAGAACUAUAUCAU